AUGACUUCAGUAGUCGCUAUUGGUGUUGGUGUCGCCGCGGCCGCUUUCUUCGGGCGAGCCGGUCUAGUAGCACUCCGCAGAUACAGAGGAGGCGUGAACGGUGCUGGGCGCGCAUUCUACAAAGGCGGAUUCGAGCCCAAGAUGAACAGACGAGAGGCAUCUCUCAUCCUAUCGCUCUCUGAACGAACCCUAACCAAAGAUAAGGUCCGCGCAAACCACCGCAAGCUAAUGCUUCUUAACCACCCUGAUCGAGGGGGUAGCCCGUACCUUGCCACAAAAAUCAAUGAAGCGAAAGAAUUACUUGAGAAGACCGUCUAG